GUCCGGGGUCCUCGGGUGGACGCACUGGGGCCGAGGGAUCUGGUGAGUGUCCGGCUGCCCCUGGCAGCUUUGUCUCGGGGCCGAGGAGAAGCCCUGGCAGGCGUGGCCUCUGUACUCGGCCCUCCCCAUGGACGCACAAUGUCCACUCAAGGUCCUCUUUUCUUUUCGCUUCCUUCUCCGGUGAGCCUGCGUCCCCCGCCCUGCUUCCCGCACCCUUUCCUGUCCCCUUGCGGCGGGGGCCUCCCGCUGACCCCGCUCUGUCUUCACCCCAGGAUGAAGCCAACACACACCCUCGUCAACUGCUGGUUCUGCAACCAGGACACGGUCGUGCCCUACGGGAACCGCAACUGCUGGGACUGCCCGCACUGUGAGCAGUACAACGGCUUCCAGGAGAAUGGCGACUACAAUAAGCCGAUCCCCGCCCAGUACUUGGAGCACCUGAACCAUGUCGUGAGCAGCACGCCCGGCCCCAGCGCCCCUGCGCAGCCGCAACAAUGGGUGAGCAGCCAGGUGCUGCUGUGUCGCCGCUGCAGCCACCACCAGACCACCAAGAUCAAGCAGCUGGCCGCCUUCACGCCGCGUGAUGAGGGCAGGUACGACGAGGAGGUCGAGGUAUACCGGCACCACCUGGAGCAGAUGUACAAGCUGUGCCGGCCGUGCCAGGCGGCCGUCGAGUACUACAUCAAGCACCAGAACCGCCAGCUGCGCGCCCUGCUGCUCAGCCACCAGUUCAAGCGCCGGGAGGCGGACCAGACCCACGUGCAGAGCUUCUGCUCGUCGGCAGUGAAGUCUCCGGUCCAGGUCAUCGUGCUCCGGGCCCUCGCCUUCCUGGCCUGCGCCUUCCUGCUGGCUACCACGCUGUAUGGUGCCAGCAACCCCUUCACCCCGGGCGCAGCCACCCUGCCCCCAGACCUGCCCCCCAGGAGUAACGACUCCACUGCUUCCGACAACACCACCAGCCCAGGGACUGAGGGCUGGCGGCAGCUGCUGGGCCUGCUGCCCGAACACGCCGCCGAGAAGCUGCGCAUGGCCUGGGCCUUUGGGCAGAGCCACCAGACAGGCCUCGUGGCGCUGGGCCUGCUCACCUGCCUGCUGGCCAUGCUGCUGGCCGGUCGCCUCAGGCUCCGGAGGAUCGACGCCUUCUCCACCGGCCUGUGGGCCCUGCUGCUGGGGCUGCACCUGGCUGAGCAGUACCUGCAGGCUGCCUCACCCAGCUGGCUGGACACGCUCAAGUUCAGCAUCACGUCCCUGUGCUGCCUGGUGGGCUUCACGGCAGCCGUGGCCACGAGGAAGGCGACGGGCCCGAGGAGGUUCCGGCCCCGAAGGUGCUUCCCCGGAGACUCCACCGGCCUUUUCCCCAUCGGCCCCAGCCUGGCCAGCCCCUGCCCGAAUGUCCCUGGCUCCUCGCCGCCUCUGUUCGUCCCCACCCCGCCCGGCUUCCUGCCAUUCGCCAACCCGCAGCUGUUCCGGUCUCCCCGCCGGGCCUCGCCUUCCUCGCUGCCAGGCCGCCUCAGCCGGGCCCUCUCGCUGGGCACCAUGCCCUCUCUCACUCGUGCAGACUCAGGGUAUCUGUUCAGUGGGAGCCGCCCCCCGUCCCGGGUGUCUCGAUCUGGGGAGGUUCUUGUUUCAGAUUACUUCUCUCUGCUAGCGGGGAGCUGCCCCGCCUCCCCGCUCCCAUCCCCGGCGCCCUCCGUGGCUGGCUCGGUGGCCUCCAGCUCCGGCUCCCUGCGCCACCGGCGGCCCCUCAUCAGCCCUGCACGGCUCAACCUGCAGGGGCAGAAGCUGCUGCUCUUCCCGGCAUCGCCCGUCGAGCCCCCCAACACCCCCAGCAGCUCAGACGAACACUCGCCCCACAGCGGCAGCCUCUUCACCAUCGAGCCGCCCCAGGACGUGAAGCGUGCCGUGGACACGAGGUCCGUGCCGGAGCGAGGCAGCGCCUGCAGCACCCGCUCCAUCAAGAGGGAGGAUGACUCUUCCCGGUCCUCCACCUGCGCGGUGGACACCACCACCAGAGGCUGCGCGGAGGAGGCCAGCGCCUGGAGAGGUCGUUUUCAGCCCUCCCUGGUCCGAGGCCUCCUGGCCGUGAGCCUGGCUGCCAACGCGCUCUUCACUUCGGCCUACCUGUACCAGAGUCUGCGCUGACCAGCUCCAGCGCCCCGAGAGUCGGGGGGGCGCGCCCAGGUGCAUGCUGCUUCUACCACUGCCGCCUCAGAGCCCUCGAGGCCCUCGUCCUUGCCGGAUCGAGUCCAGUUCUCAGGCCGUCUCCUCCUCACCUGCGGACUGCGGGCUGGGGCCACACUCCGCCCACCAUCUCCUGCGCUGACGUGGGUUGUGUGUUUGGUGCUGACACUGAUCCUGAAGCCAGGGGUCUCCCAGGGGCUGCAUGGCCCUGGGGUGCCAUCCCUGCCCCCAUGCCUUGGGCUAUGCCCACAUCUUCGUACUGUACUGCUCUGUCCAUUGGGGCUACCCAGAGCCCCCGAGCCGAGGUGGGGUGCAGUCCCUGUGUCUCCCGGUCUUGACCCUGCCCUUGGGAGAAUAACCCUUUCACGGGCCUGUGGGCUGGUGGGUGCCCAGGGCUCCUCGGAGUGCCUGGGUCUCAGGGGCCCACUUGGACCUUUGGGACCCGUGUAAGCAUCUGCCUUCCUGCCUGCAUGCACCCAUUUUCCUGCCUUCCUAGGCAGUACCCCGUUACCCUGCGAACACUUGCCAGGGCCCCCCCAGUUCCAGGCCCACGCUUCCUGGCCCCUCCAUCACACUCUGCCCACAGGGGCCUUGCUGACCCUCGCCCACCUUGUGCUGUCGAUGACCAGCGGGUGGGGGGCAGGCAGCCUGCAGGUCUCUGAGGAGCCUGGCUCCCCACCCCUGCCCCACCAUGCACCGAGCCCCUUUCACCCACGAAAACCCCACUUCCUCCCUUGCGUUCUCACAUCAGGUAGGCCCAGCACAGCCUGCGUCCACAGCCACCCGUCUGGCUGUCCCCACCCGGCUCCCCCUGCACCACCUGCCUGACGUGCACAAGCUCCCCCUCUGCCCGCCCUGGGGCUGGGGUGCCUCCUGCCCCCCGAGAGGAGAAGGGGGACCUCAGUCUGCACAGGAGCCUCCCAUGCUGUGCACGCCAGAACCCUGGCGCUGUCCUGGUCGGCACGCAGGCAGGGAAGUGUGCGUGUGUGCGUGCGUGCGUGCGUGUGUGCGUGUGUCUCUGUGUUGGUGCCGCCGUGGGAGGUGAAUUCUGAGGUGUGUCGGGGGAGGGUCACAAGGGCAGGCAAGGUCUUCACUCUGUCAUUCAGGGAUAAAGUUUAAUUUUAUUUUUCUACACAUUUUUGCAGGUCAGGCAUUUUGCUAAACAGCAGGAUGCCCCCCGAUCUCCCUGCCAGGGAGGUUUAGUUUUUUUAAGCUUUGGGUGCUUUUUUAGUAAUUUUUUUUACCAUGGGGGGCCCCCCCUCCGCUCUGACUGCCCCUCCCUCCUCUUCACUCCUGUCCUAAGAGCUACUGUUUCCUGCCCCGCCCGCCCCGACCUUGGGGGACCGGGGCUCCAGGGGCCACACCAGGACUCUGCGUCCAAAUGCCAGAGACGGUUCCAGCUCGGGGACCACGCCUCUCAGCCCCCCUUUUGUCUAGUGGACGCGUGCGUCGAGAUUUUUAAUUUUAUUUUUGCCUGACAAAUCCAAGCUCUGGUCCCCAGACGCCCUCCCUGGCCCCGGCACGUGCCCGCGCUGGGCGGGCCUGGCCUCUCCCACCCAGGACCAGCACCCCAGCACCCCUGGGGCAGGGGGCGGAGGGAGGUUACUUAUGUUCUCCCUCAAACAAAAACAAAAAAAACCUUAUUUUUCUUUACAAAAGCAAAAAAGGAAAGAAAGUACCAACCUUUGAACUACACCUCCGCUGUCUUGUCUUCCUUUCCUGCGCUCGGGCAGCGCGGGCCUGAGGGGCCCUCACGGGUGGA